GGACAGUUAUGCGUCACAGGUCAACAUAACAAGCAGGACAAGCCUGAAUAUACAGCCUUUUGUCUGCUUGACUCGUAAGCCCUGUUUGGACAGCCAGAGACAAGAACUACGAGAUGUUGAGGGGCAUUUUCGUAUUAUUGACGUUACUGUUGGCAUUCUUUGGGGAAAACUCUCUUGCAAGGCCACAAAACAAUUUUUGGUUUCAAGGCCCUCCAGGACCGCCAGGACCACCCGGGCCCCCGGGUAAACCCGGCCCACCGGGACUACCAGGGCCUCCUGGGCCCCCCGGUCCCUCUGGACGCUCAGGAGAUCCCGGUAUUCCGGGGAGGCCAGGAAAAGAUGGAAAACGAGGACGUCAAGGUUCUCAGGGUCCGCCUGGAAUUCCUGGUCAACCGGGUAAAAAUGGCCGCAAUGGCGCUGACGGGGCUCCUGGCACUAACGGUAGACGCGGAAGGACUGGGCAGCAAGGRCCACCAGGGAUCAUGGGUUUUCAAGGACCGGCCGGACCAGCGGGGCCUCCUGGACCUCCAGGACCACCGGGGUCCCCGGGGAAAAAUAUCAACAACCAACAACUUGGAUAGGACGAAAAAAAGAAUUUACUCAAUAUAUAAAAGAACUGUCAUAUUGAUUUGAUUUGUAUGAACAAUUAGUUCGGGCAGAUUAAACGGCUUUAAUAUUUGA